AACAAUGUUCAUGUUGAGAUAAGAUAAGGACUAUCCAUGUCAUAAGUCGUGAAUCAGUAACUCCAUUCCUAUACAUAUUGUGGCCUCUGUUCCCAUAGAGUGUUGAUUUAAAAAAAUGGAAUUUCAACAUAUCCUGUGCUGCCUCUUGGUCGCGGUACUAGUACCCUCGGUCCAAAAUGUUGCAGUGACCACGCCCCCUCACCACACCCAGCCAAUCGGACAGGACCAUCUGCUGAUUGUUCUACAGGGCAUGCACCAUUCAGACACCUUCCACCAACUCCCGACCAAUUACAAACUCAUGCUGGUGGAACUACUUGCUGCCGCGGAAGUAGAUGCUGUAACCCACUACAUUGACACCGUUGGCUUCGACAAGUUCCUACUUUUGGUAGAUGCCAUUACAAAGAUUAAUGCCACAGAGGCGCACAUGUUUGAACACUACAUGAUUCAGGAGCUGAACCAAGAAAAUCCAGAUGGCUCUGGCCAAUCAGCAAUUGGAAGAAAGAGGAGUCUUACAGAUUUCCUCAAUAAGGUACACCAGAAUCCGGCCGUACAAGCCCUUUCCGCGGACGAGCAGGCUCUGUUAGAUGAACUCCUCCGCGCUGCUCAGUCCCACACCCUGACCCCCAUCAUCCACCGAGAGGGGUACGCUAAGAUCAUCCAGCUGAUCGAAGACAUAAGUACCCAGUCCGAUACACAUUUGUUCAUCUCCUACUUGGUCGAGCAUAUGCACCAAGAAGCAGCGAUGCAUUCAUCGAAAUAAAUGUAAACAUAUCGACUUCUAAAUAUAUUAUUUGUCAAUUC